GUGGGCUUUUCCUUGAGCUAACUUGGGCUCCCCCUUCCCUUGAGAUGGGCCCCACGAGAUGAGCAGACCCUCGACAAGUUGCCAGCGCCACUUGGCCCAUUUCUUCAGUCCGCGGAACCGCACUGAGGUGCCAGGUCGGGCGUCAUUUUGGUCUCUGAGAGGGCCAUUCCUCCGGAGUUCGGGUUGCCCUGUCAUAAGCUGCUGCAAGAUCACCAUCAAGUCCAAGAUCGUGGAGGUCAGCGGCAAGCACGGCAGCCUCAAGCGAGACUUCAAGCACUUGCCCAUCGAGCUGAUGCUCGCAGACGGCGGCAAGAAGGUGAUCGCGCGGAUGUACUUCGCCAAGAGCAAGCAGUGCUCCAUGCUGAACACGGUUUGCAGUCACAUCUCCAACCUCUUCGAGGGUGUGACCAAGAAGUUCGAAUACAAGAUGCGCCUGGUCUAUGCGCACUUCCCCAUCAACGUGAACAUCAUCAACGGUGGCAAGACCAUCGAGAUUCGAAACUUCUUGGGAGAGAAGGUGGUGCGAACUGUGCACAUGUUGCCAGGCAUUGCCGUAGAGAAGAGCAGCAACACCAAGGACGAGAUCAUCGUGAGCGGCACCGACAUCGAGCUGGCGGGCCGCUCCACCGCGCUGAUCCACCAGUCCUGCCUCUGCAAGAAGAAGGAUAUCCGAAAGUUCCUGGACGGCAUCUACGUGAGCUCCCACGGCGUGCACGAGGAGUGAGGUGGAUGAAAUCCGACACUCGGGGCGAAGGUGGCAAAAGGGAGC